AUGGAAAACGAGAUUACGUUUGAAUUUAAAUUUCCAAAGAAUAUCAAGAAUGAACCACAUAUUAUAGCAACAUUAAUGAACCUACAGGAAUUUGUUGAGAAGGUAUGUUCUUGUUUGUUUUAUUUACAGUAGCAUAUAUUAUAGUUUGUUUUAUUUAUAGUAGCAUAUAGCCAUUUACAGAUGAUGCAUCUUGACACUAUGUUUUAUGAACUACAUAUACUGUUUCUAGAUGACUGUACUUACAGUAAGUUGUAAAACAAACUUUGAGUCCUAAACAAUUGCUGUUUUUUUAAUGUACACUAUAGGAGGCUCAUGGAUCAUAUCAGGCAAAUUGGACUGAGACGAAAAAGGGAAAGUCGCUGGUAACAAGGGCAGCCUCUGUUCGUGUGACCAUGCCGGAUGAGGUAAGUUGUUAAAAUGUGGUAUUACAGCUAAUGCAGGUCAAGCGUUCCUCGGGGCCCCCCAUGAGCCCCUUGAAUUCACGCAUUCACGCCAAAAAAAAUUCCAAAUAACACGUCACGAAAAAGAAAUAGCUAAUUUCACGUUCACGCGGGGGCAAAAACUAUAGCAUACUUACUGAAUUUGAUAGAAUGUAUUAGGGCGUCGAACAUGUGCAGAAAAUGGUACUGAUGGUGCGCAUUUUUCUGUUUGACACUUAAUUUACCGAAUUUUCUGAUCAAAUAUUUUAAUCUUAUCUCCAACAAGACUACCAUUGGUAAAGACAACAUGGUCAACAGGUAUUUUGAAACGCAUUUAAACAUACUGUUUAAUUCAUUGAGCAUCUAAAACUGGCAAAUCGAGAAACAUGAAACUACGUCGUUAAUGAACAAUCUUAAGAAAUUAGCGGCUCACCUCAAGCAAAUCUACUAUUGAAACGAACUGUUCUUCCAUCAUGCCUAAUUUUAAGAAUUUUUUAUCACUGCACAUUUUUGUGCAAAGUUUAGCCGAGCAGAAGCCACGCCCUCAAAAUUACUGAACGCACCAUUUUUAGUAACAUGUAACCAAUCAACAUGCACUGCACGGCGCCCCCCAGGGAAAUUUGGGGGGCCAGGGCAAAAAUUGAGUUGUGACCCCUCGUGAUUCCAUCUUCUAACAGUAUGAUUAAGGGGAUCCGGGGGCAUUCUCCCCAGGGAAAUUUUGAAAUCUCAGGUGCCAGAAAUGGCCAAAUCCUGCAUUCUGGAAGUUUGUUGGCACUUAUACCUAUAUGAAUAUUUCAAUGUAAUUCUUUUUUGGGCUACCUUUAACUGGGGUCCAGCUCAAAUUGCCCCCUCCCUGUCCUUCCUCUGGGCGGCCUUGACAGCACUUGCUGUUACGACUUUCUAUGACAGCGUAGUUUGAUAAUCAUAUGCUUGCAGGAACGAAAUAUUUUUUUCUUGGCAAAUAAGAGGCGGCUUAGAUGUGAUAAACUGUAAAAGAGUUCCAGGGGCAUGUACCCACAGAAAAUUUUGUAAUCUAGCCUCUCUCAAAGGGUCUUUUUUCAAUGUGCGGGGGCAUUCUAUAGAAUCCUGAAGAUUAUACACUAAUAUAAUUACAAAAAGUUAAGUAUCAUUCACACCAACAUCCAAGCUCAUAAAGAGAUCUUUGAUGGGAGACUUUGUUCAUUUGAUGAAACUUAAGUAUAAUAUUAAUGCUGACGUUCGAUAAAUUGGCAGUUAUUAUUUCAAUUUCAUUCAAGUUAUUCUCAUUUAAAAUGUUUUGAUUAUUAAUACUUUCUAGUGACGAGACGAGUUUUUAGUUCAGUUUUUUCUGCUCAUUGCCUCAUUUUCUUCAUAAAAUUAACAAUUUAUCACAGCAAAUUUUAUUGCUGCACAUUUUACAUUUAAUCACUGCACAAUCAUUUUUAUCACUGCACAAAUUGGUUAUCACUGCACACUAAAAUUAGGUAUGUCUUCCAUAUCUCGAACGUCCACCAAGAAGAAAUGAUGUCUCCCUUCCGACUUCGGCAGUUUAAAGUCCUCCGAAAGUUUGAAAGUAGCAGUCCGGAAGUGGGAAUGUGCCGAGUCGUCGAAAUAGCCUGAAAUCAUUAUUAAGGGCUAUUAAGGCCAAAUAAGUUGUUCUCUUGUUCUGUUUUGCUGCCUUUUGGGGGCGAUUUUUUAAAGUUAGCUUCAAUUCUGGUGCACGUAAUCACGUUACUUGGUAAAGUAAUCACGAAAUCCGCCGUUUCAAUUGGCCUUUUCCCGACUCUCGCCAACAUUUAAAUUCACAAUUUCACGCACCAAAAAUAACUUGAUCACGUGAUAACGCUUGAAAUAACAGCUAAACACGCGUCACUAAUUCAUUUGCAAUUUUCCUAAUUACAUUUGCAGUUUUGAAAAACUCAUUUGCAAAUUCCUUUUUGGAACUUUGCAAUUUUGCAGUUUCAAAAAACAAAAUUGCAGUUUUGAAAAACCAAUUCAAAACUCCUCACUUCCUGUUCAAAACUCCUCACUUCCUGUUAAACAAUUCGAGCCCAAAACUUGUUUGUUUCGGCGAAUUUCGAAGUUGAGAGACCUUGUGUGAUUAUAUUUAUUUCCUUUCAAACAAUAUAUGCCCUCGUAUAUUUAUAUAAAGAGCUAGAAGUCAUAAAAAUAUAGACUUUCGAUUUUGCAAUAUUUAAUUGCUUAAUUGGUUCAACGGUCAAAUGAAGGUCACUGAAGGUUCCUUGGAAAACAUUUUCAGUUCCUGUUUUAUUUUUCUCACUUCCUGUUGAAUUUUUCUCAGUUCCUGUUGAAUUUUUCUCACUUUCUCACAAGGAACCUUCAGUGACCUUCAUUUGACCGUUGAACCAAUUAAGCAAUUAAAUAUUGCAAAAUCGAAAGUCUAUAUUUUUAUGACUUUUAGCUCUUUAUAUAAAUAUACGAGGGCAUAUAUUGUUUGAAAGGAAAUAAAUAUAAUCACACAAGGUCUCUCAACUUUGAAAUUCGCCGAAACAAGCAAGUUUUGGGCUCGAAUUGUUUAACAGGAAGUGAGGAGUUUUGAACAGGAAGUGAGGAGUUUUGAAAAACCUGCAAAUGAGUUUUUCAAAACUGCAAAUGUAAUUAGGAAAAUUGCAAAUGAAUUAGGAAUUGAAAAGAGGAACGCUUGACCUGCAUUAGCUGUAAUGCUUUUUUAAUUUUGGUUGCUGGUGAGCACUAGAAAUAAUCUCAAUUUUUUGUCAUUCAUUCAAUGAUCAAUUCAUUUGACGUACAGUAGCUUUGUGGCUGCAACUGCAAGCAUCCCCACAUGCUUGCAGGCUGACUAAUUAUAGUUAGGAUAAACACAUCAAACUGCUUUUGUGCACUCAUACACAGUCUUAUUUAACAACUUUAUUUAAAUUUAGUAAUCAUAUGUUAUGUAGAAAUAUGAUGAAGACGUUGAGAGAUACGUUGAAGAUCUGCAACACCUGUUGAGAGAAGACAGAGCUCGCUAUGAACAAGAGCAUUCACUGACUCCAUCAGAUGAUGAUUUUGCCAAUCAACCUGGGUGUUCAUCAAAUAUGAUUUCAGAGGAAGACCAUAAAGAGAAACCUGAGGUGAAAAUUUAUUUCAUACAGUAUGGGUAG